CCCAUCGGCACCUCCACCGCCGUCGUCGUCGUCAUCAUCUUCAUCCAGUUCGUAGCCGGCCGCCUCCUCCGGCCGCCGCCUCACGCCCCAGUCCCCCAGCGCCGCCAUGGCAGCCCGCAGGAAGGCGGCUCGGCGACGCAGGCGCAGCGCCCGCUUCCGGCGCGGAGGAGCGGCCGGCGGUGCCGCAGCCCAUCAUGCCGCCGCCGCAGGCGUGCUGUGCGCUCCUGGCCGCGGCCCCGCGCCUCGCCGGCCGCCGUCGGCUCCUCUCCUCUCUCCUGGCUCCGUUGGCGACGCGGCUCCGUUCGUGCAAGGGGGGCGAGGAGGAGGCGGCGGGGAGCGGCGGAGUGCUGCGGCAUCUGCUGCUGAAGCUGCGCGCCACCGGGCCGGUGACGGUGGCGGAGUACAUGCGGGAAGCGCUCACCAACCCCGGGCAGGGCUACUACACGCGGCGGGGCGGCGUCGGAGAGGACUUCAUCACCUCGCCGGAGAUCAGCCAGAUAUUUGGAGAGUUAAUAGGAAUAUGGUACAUUAGUGAGUGGAUGGCCAUGGGUAAGCAGAAUGCGUUCCAGCUGGUGGAACUGGGCCCAGGGACGGGCACCCUCACAGACGAUAUACUGCGGGUCUUCAACCAACUUGCCUCUGUACUUAGUAAAUGUGAUGUCUCUAUUCAUCUGGUAGAAGUGAGUCCUAAACUCAGUGCAAUCCAAGCAGAGAUGCUGACAGGAGGAAAGGUGCAGUCAAACCCUGAGAACAAAUCUGCAUACAUGAAAGGCAUUAGCAAGACUGGAAUUCCCAUUUACUGGUACAGAGACAUUCAGGACGUACCGCAAGGUUACAGUUUUUACUUAGCGCAUGAGUUUCUGGAUGCCCUGCCAAUACAUAAGUUUCAGAGAACAGAGAAAGGCUGGCAUGAAGUGUUGGUUGAUAUAGAUCCAGAAGUUCCUGACCAGCUGCGCUUUGUCCUGUCACCAUCCAGGACCCCUGCAACAGAAAACUUUAUUCAGCCUGAAGAAACACGAGAUCAUGUGGAAGUAUGUCCUGAGGCUGGCGUCCUCAUCCAGAGGCUUGCUUGUCGUAUAGAAAAGGAUGGUGGGGCUGCACUGAUUGCUGAUUAUGGUCACGAUGGAACCAAGACUGACACGUUCCGGGGUUUCCGGAAUCACAAACUUCAUGAUGUACUGAAAGCCCCAGGUACAGCAGACUUGACAGCAGAUGUUGAUUUCAGUUAUCUUCGAAAGAUGGCAGAGGGAAGAACAGCAACUUUGGGCCCCAUAAGACAACGGGAGUUUUUAAAAAACAUGGGGAUUGAACUCCGGUUGCAGGUACAGCAGUGUUUGCAGGUGCUCCUGCAGAAUUCACGCGACUCAGCAACUCAUGAGCAAUUGCUCCACAGCUUCGAUAUGUUGAUGAACCCUAAGAAAAUGGGAGACUGUUUUCAUUUUUUUGCCUUACUGCCUCAUCACAGAGUUGUACGUCCUACCAAGAACGAUAAUCCACAAUCCAAGUCUCCCCUACCACCUGUUGCUGGAUUUGGUGAACUCUCACUGAAGUAAGUUCAGUCACAAAUAAUUUCAUUGACUGUACUGAGAUGUGUACCAGUGGUAACUUUCAGCAGCAACCUAUUAAAUAAAAAAAAAAUUAAGGUUAAAGCAAUCAAGUCCUGUGCAUUUUAUAUUUUCAUGGACUAAAUGUUUUGCAAUAGUAAGCAGUAAGGUAACAACUAAACAUUUUGAUUUAUCUUUAAACUGAAGGCAGAUGAAAUGUCACAUUUUUUCCAGCAAUUUUCCUCUUACCAACCUUUCUCAGACCAACCCACAUUCCAAAGCCUAGGCAUGUUUUGAAAGAGAGUGCUUUCAGAGCACAUGUAGUGCAACACAGUGCUCUUACUGACUGACCUACUUAAACCACAUGUGUAGAUAUCAGGAACUGCAUACACAGAAAUCAGUGCACAUUGAGCUGAGAAUAAACAGUGUUUCAGGGGUCUUACUACAGAGCUGAGAGUAAUACUGUGUGGAGGAAUCAAGUUAAAACUUGUCAGUGACAAACAAGAUCUGAUAGACGUCAGCUGCACUCAGCUGAGGUACUUACUCAAAACAACAUGCCUUGACAUCUUUGAAGUUUUUAUAAGAAUGGUAAUAGGAAGCAUGCAAAGAAGUUAUCUGUCAGAAAGCAACUGCUAACAGAAUUCCCACAACAGAGUAUAUCUAAUGCCAACAAAAAAGUAUGAAGAAACUUCUAAGAAAAGUUUACAGGAGAAAGAGUUCAUGUAAAUAAAAGGAACAAGUCUGAUAGGGAAAUAAAUUUUAUUUUCAAGCUUAUCAGAGGAUAUUUACAAACAAUUGGAUGUAUAAAAAUAUAAAAGUACUUGACAGUGUCCAUUUGAGGCUAUAAAAUUUUACAUGAGCUUUUUUUCUAGCAUCAUCAUAGCAAUAUUGAAUGCAACUUAAUUCAUCUAGGGGUAAGGAUAUUAAACACUAUAACCUACUGCUGUCAAAGUUUGCAGUAAGGGUAGAAAAAAGGGAAUAAAGAAAUUCAGCUAUUUUUGCUACUCAAUGAAAAAAGUUUACUUAUAAUGCAUGUCUGAUUUUUUUUGGUUCCUCAGCUACCAGCUUGUGGCUUCUAUUGUCAGGCCCCAUAAGUCUGUAUGUGUGCAUGUAUUAUCAGGCAAACCACUCCAAAGGCUAACAGCAUUCUUUUUAAUACAAGUUAAGAAUAAAUAGUUAAUAUAAUUUUUUUUUAAUGCAGCACAAAGCAGACUUCAUGGGGAGAGACAUCAGUCAGGCCUUAUUUCUUACUGUAACCCCUUCCUCUCUUGUGUGUUGUGCUUUUCAAGCGACCAAGCUGGCUUCUUUUCUCCCUUUAAAAAACAAACAAACAAACAAAAAAAUAGACAGUGACAACUCAAGUUUAAAAUCCAAAGCUUAAAACCAGACUGUAUUUAUAUUAUUACAGUUGGAAUGGAAAAUAGCAACGGCUUCACUGAAACUUGGUCAGUCGGGUGGUGAAAGUUGGGGGGGGGGGGGGGGGGGAAAGAAAGAUUGCUUCCCUUGCCAAGCCUGAGCCAAUACUAGACUACCAACUUCAUGGUGAUUGUUCUGUUUCCAAAGAUUAAAACAAUAGCGCCUCUUGGAGAAGAAUCAGUCCCAAAACUUCACCAAAGCAGGAGGGCAAGAUUAAGGGCCAAAUUCUGCCCCUUUCAGACUCCUUUACACUGCUUUGACAGCAUAAAAGUGAAAGAAUGACCUCCCCCAGUGCAGGAGUGGCACAGACUCCCAUCAGGCUCAUCUCUGCACAAACCUGAGAAUAAUGUGCUACGAGAAAGGGUGCAUGAUGGUAGGAAGGGCAGAAAUACUCUGCCUACUGGUGGCUGUAGCAAACUGUUGCGCAGAUUCAAUCAAGAUUUUUCUGCAAAGUUAGGUGUAUUUUAACAGGGAUGCCAGACUUCACUUUAAUUUACUUAGAUACCUGUAGAACAACAGCAGUUAUACCGAGGGCAACUGGAAAAGUAAAGGGAUGUUCAGGACUCAAGACUGCCCACAUAUAUACUUCUGCAGCUGCCACUGACCUUAUUACCAGUUUACUGUCACUGCAAGCAGCUCCCAGCACCAAAACAACUUGGUAAAAUUCUGUGAUUAUCUAACAGCUUUGGAGACAUCUGCUCACCUGUUUCCUUACCUGAACAACACUAAGAGGGGGAAAAAAAAAAAAAAAAAAAAAAAAAAAGAAA